AUGGCCGUCUCCGUCCCCAUCACUGUCCCCGCAAGCCGGAGGACUCUCUCACCAUCUCUCGCCUCAUUCAGCCGUGGCGAAGUGGUUGCCACUCCUUUUCCUACUACCACCUCUGCCUUCUAUCAUCAAGCAUCCUCACAACCGUCUUUGAUGGCGGUGCGGGACCUCUCCACUUCCGUUCCUCGCAUGAUAUCAUAUGGCCAACUCGCCGAACGAGCUCAGAAGCUUGCCCUACGGCUCCGUGGCCUUGGUGUACAGCCAAACCAGAGGGUGCCCCUCGUCGUCAAGCGAGGACUCGAGAUGAUCGUCGGCAUCUGGGCCGUCCUCUCCUGUGGUGCCCAGUACGUCCCGCUCGAUGGUGGCGUCGUUCCAGACUCGACCAUUAGACAUGUCGUCGAACAGUCUGGCGCCGAGAUUGUCCUCUGCCUCUCCGUCACCGAGCACCGCCUUCGGGCCCUUUUUCCCAGUCUUGUACCCGUCCUUAUUGACGAAUUCGUCACGGCCGAGGCAGAUGAUGACCUUCAGUCAGACGACUGGCUUGAUCUGGCAACACCCGAUACCGGAUGCUACGUCAUCUACACCUCCGGAACGACUGGAAAACCCAAAGGCGUUGAUGUUACCCAUAGAAAUGUCGCCAACUUGGUCUGCCUCUCCCCUGGCGGGUUGGGUGUGAGACCAGGUAUGUGCGUGGGCCAAGUUCUCAACAUCAGCUUCGACAUGGCCGCCUGGGAAAUAUUUUCAUGCCUUUGCAAUGGCGGCACUCUCGUUGUACGAGGGUCUAACUGGGAGCCCACGAUCCAGGAGAUCGACGUUCUUAUCUGCACACCAACCAUCCUCUCCAAGUAUCACCCAAUUCAGUAUCCCAGGAUCAAAACGGUAGCGACGGCGGGCGAGCCGACGUCGCAGGACCUCGCCGACCUCUGGGCGACACAUGCGACCUACUGGAACUGUUGCGGGCCGACAGAAACCACCAUAGUCAACACAAUGUCCAAGCACAUCCCUGGGGAGCCCACGUCGAUUGGCCGGCCGACGGCGAAUAACACAGUCUACAUACUCGACAAGCAGGGUGAGCCCGUACCAUUUGGCGAGGCUGGCGUGAUGUGGGCAGGGGGACACGGCGUAUCGCGUGGUUACGUCGGCCUCGAGUCCAAGACAAAGGAAUCCUACAUCCCGGACCCUUUUGCAAACGAUGGAUCCAGCAUGUACUGUACAGGCGACCUCGGCCGGUGGAGGGCAGACGGCAACAUUGACAUUCUCGGCCGGUGCGACGAUCAGGUCAAGGUCAAGGGAUUCCGCGUAGAGCUCGACGGCGUUUCGGCUUCGUUGGCUUCGGCCCCAGGGGUGACGCGGGCAACAACGCUCUUGAUCGACGGAGAGAUCCACGCAUUUGUCGUCCCAUCGCAACAGGACGUGGACGUCAUCAUGGAGCAUGCUCGGAAAAGCCAACCAUACUACGCCCUCCCGACCAAAAUCCACCAACUAGGGCAGUUCCCAACAACGGCCAACGGCAAGGUGGAUAAGACACUGCUCCGGACGAUGGCGGUUGAGGCGGUGACGGACGACGCCCGUCCGCCAUCUCGUGCCAUUUCCACCGCCGCAAGCGAGUGCGGAACCCUUGUCGAGUCGCGCUCCGUCUCAUCGUCGUCUUCUUCGUCGACACUGGCCCCCUCGACUGCGGAGGUCGACCUCUUUCGGGAUGUUCCGGAGAAGGAGCUUCCGCGACCGGUUCGGGGGCUUCGGUUCAGGAUCCUCAUUGUCUAUCGCUUCCUCUUCGGCCUUGUUGGGCUUGUCAACAUCGCCGCCCUUGCUGCCCUCCUUCUUCUCAAGGCUGACCCUGAGUGGCUCGGCAUCCUCACAGCGGCCAACUUGGUCGCUGCCGUCUUGGUGAGGCAGGACGUCGUCAUCAACAUCCUCUACAAGACAUUCUGCUCGGUUCCCAAAGGCGCCCCUCUCUGGCUUCGUCGCCGCUGCGCCAAAAUCUACCACCUCGGCGGCGUUCACUCGGCCGCCGGCGUCUGUGCCACCUCCUGGCUGCUGGCAUCGACCAUCCGGUCGACGGUUGCGUAUUCUCACGGAAACACGGUGGACUCGCUCGCCACUCUCGUUGUUUCCUGGCUCCUCUCCACCCUCUGCUGCACCAUCGUCGGCUUUGCUUACCCAACGUUCCGCAAGAAGUACCAUAACAUUUUCGAGCGACUUCAUCGCUUCCUCGGCUGGACAGCACUGUCCCUCUUCUGGGUGCGCACCGUUUUGUCCGUCUACGACUCGACCCCUGUGGGAGCCGAUCUCGGGCUCGCCCUCAUCCGUAGCCCUGGCUUUUGGAUGCUGGGUGUGGCGACCUGCAGCAUCGCCUCCUCCUGGCUUUUCCUUCGCAAAGUUCCCGUCGAGGCCAUCCCCCUCUCGGACCACGCCGUCUUGCUCAACUUCACCUACACCGUUCCGGUCAACGGAAGCUUCACGCGGAUCUCGACCCGUCCGCUCAUCGAAUGGCACUCCUUCGCCACGAUUCCGCAGCCGGCCUCGUCCGACUUGGCGAGCGAGAAGGGAUACUCGCUCGUCGUUUCUAACGCCGGUGACUGGACCAAGAACUGCAUCCGGAACCCGCCGACUCAUCUAUGGGUACGCGGUCUCCCGACCUGCGGCGUCAUGCGCAUCGCCACCCUCUUCAACCGCGUCGUCAUCAUCGCGACCGGAUCCGGCAUCGGUCCUCUGCUCGGUCACAUAAGCCAGCCGAGCUGCCCGACGCAGCUGAUCUGGUCGACGCCGAGCCCCGAGCAAACGUUCGGCAAGGCUCUCAUGGACACCAUCUACCGCACCAUCCCCAAGGCCGUCAUCCACGACACCAAGGUCAAGGGUCGGUCUGACCUUGUCAAGAUGGGCUACAAUCUCGCCAAGGACUUUGAAGCCGAGGCAGUGAUCAUCAUCGCGAACGAGAAGAUAACCAAAAAGGUGGUCUACGGGCUCGAGACUCGUGGCAUUCCGGCAUUUGGAGCUAUCUGGGAUAGCUGA